CCAACCAAGACAGUAUCUCUCUUCACCAACCACUCCCUUCCAUACUCAAACACUCACUCCCCCUCUCCCUACAUACUCCCCAUCCCGCCGGCGAUUUCCCGAUCGUUUCCGGCAACUCAAAAUGCUAAACCAAUGAAUGAAGAGCCAGCACCGGCUAUCCUCAUGCCUCACUCUUGCAUCUCCGACUGCAACCUCCUCUGCGGAGAAGACACAUCCGAAAUCCUCACCGGAGAUUCAACUGAAUACUCCUCCGAUCUAGAUUCAUCAUCGCGGUCGUCGUCAUUAUUGGCGGAGGAGGAAGAGUCCAUUGCCGUUUUCAUAGAACACGAGCGUAAGUUCGUCCCUGGAUUCGAUUACCUCUCAAGAUUCCAAUCUCGUUCUCUAGAUGCCAACGCCAGAGAAGAAUCAGUUGCAUGGAUUCUCAAGGUACAUGCGUACUAUGGUUUUCAGCCGUUGACGGGGUACCUUUCCGUUAACUAUAUGGAUCGGUUUUUGGAUUCUAGAACUUUACCGGAAUCAAAUGGAUGGCCUCUGCAACUUCUAUCAGUUGCAUGUUUAUCUUUAGCAGCAAAGAUGGAGGAACCCCUGGUUCCUUCUCUCUUGGACCUUCAGGUUGAAGGUGCCAAAUACAUAUUUCAGCCGAGGACGAUUUUAAGAAUGGAGCUACUUGUUCUAACUGUGUUGGAUUGGAGGCUAAGAUCAGUCACCCCACUUAGCUUCCUUAGUUUCUUUGCGUGCAAACUAGAUUCAACUGGAGCAUUCACUGACUUCCUCAUUUCACGCGCUACAGAAAUCAUCUUAUCUAAUAUCCAAGAAGCUGGCUUUCUUGCCUACAGGCCGUCGUGCAUUGCUGCAGCUGCAAUACUCUCUGCAGCUAAUGAAAUUCCUAAUUGGUCUUUUGUUAAGCCUGAACAUGCUGAGUCAUGGUGCGAGGGCCUAAGAAAAGAAAAAAUUAUAGGGUGCUAUGAGUUGAUGCAAGAAGUUGUGGUAAGCAAUAACCAAAGAAAUCCACCUAAAGUAUUGCCACAGCUGCGAGUUACAACUCGAACCCGAAGGUGGUCCAAUGUCUCAUCAUCAUCAUCAUCUCCAUCUUCCUCCUCUUCACUCUCUUUCUCAUUAUCUUAUAAAAAAAGGAAAUUAAAUAGUAACUGCUUCUGGGUAGAUGAUGACAAAGGAAACUCCGAGUGAAGAGAAAAAAACAUAAAUAAUAAAGGAACAAGAGGAAAUAAGGUGGACCAGUCUGUCCAGAAACCUCAACAUUUUUUAGAGGGCUUUUGCAAUAUGAAAAUUUGACAAUAUAAGUAUAUGUAUGUAUAAUGUAUGAGAGUUUGAUGGGUUUGGAGAGUACUAGUAAUUAACUAGUAUUUUUUCUUUUAUGUUUUGAGGGUAUGUAUCCCAAUUCAAUGGGUGUGCAGAGAUUCCCUAGGGGAGGUUGAUUUUGGAACACACAUUUCUUGCUACAGAGAAAAAGAGUGUGUAAGAGUGAAGAAAAUAGAGAUAGAUGAAUUCCAUGUUGGGGAUAGGAAUUCAAAGGUUACAUUGAUUAUAGACGAAUGAGAUGAAAGAUGGUGGGUCAGUGCUCUAGAAACAAGGAAGAAAAAAAGCAGAGCAUGCAUCAAAUGGGGGAUGAAAACUCUGAAAAUUUGAGCUGUUUUUGACUUGUUAUGUGAAGGGAUUUAUGAGUGAAGUUUCCUUUCUUGGCGCCACUCACUCUCAAGUCUCAACAAUACAAAACAUCUACUACAUUUCUAUGGAUUUUUCCUAUGGUACGUGUGAAGAUGGAUUUGGCACGUGCCAAUCACUGGUGUUUGUGUGAUUUUUUUACUUCUCUUUUUUUGGCCAUGAGGUUUGGCCUAACUAUACAAGACUCCAUUAUUUGGUGUCAAACGCGUGAUGGGAAACACGUGUAUAUAGUUUUUUUUUUUUAUAUAUACUUUUAGAUUUUUUAUUUGUUUUCAAAAAGAGGUGAACUCUCUUUACAUAGUGGCCUAAUUGGCUUUGAAAAUGGAGAGGUGAAAAGGUCUUUGGGGCCUGAUCCUUGUGCAUUGUGUAUUCAAUUCAAUAAUAAUAUCAAUGUGGAUUUGAUACAUUUCUGAAUUUUUCAA